GCAGUACCUGCCCAUCUGCUGUUGCCUUCGAAGGAGGAGUGACCUAGAAGUGUCAGGACGUCAGUCAUGGGUUGUAUUCUUUUUCACUCUGAAUUUAUCUGGGAGCUAUUGUAGUGAUUCAGAGGAAUGUCUGAAGCUGUGGAGAGUUUUCCUGUUGGAAGAGCAGCCUAUGCCUGCCUUAGCCAUACUCACCCUUAUAUUCACAGUUAACUUUUCAAAAGGCAGUCAUCAACUUCUGAGAGCCCUACAGUAUGAUUCUGUUGGAGCAGCUUUUCUUGCGUCUUUUUUUCUUUUUGUUUGAAUCAUUCCUGGAAUCAGUUGAGAGCUGAUUACUGAGGAUGUCUACUUCUUUCCUGGGCCCCAUCAUCCAAGGUCUUAGUGAAAAUCUUUCACUAAGGUGAAAGGUCUUUCAUUACUUAGUGAAAAUCUCCUUUCAUUUGAUCUUUCCUCUUUUGGCCUUUUUCUAUACUUCUUCUGUCUCAUGUUGACUUUCAUGCUCAUUGUGUUGCGUGGGACCUUCUCCCCUUUUGAGCGUGAAGGAAGCUCCAUGUUCAUCUGGGAAGCAUUACUUUUGCUAUUUAAAACAUUCCCAGAUUACCAUGAUAUUUUUUAAAUUUAGAGGCCAAAUAUAAAUAUAUUUUCUGCACACUCUUAGAGUAUUCAACCUUUUCUAAAGACCACAUAAGCUUCGUUAAUAAAAGUAGUGGUAGGCUGGCUAUUAGAACCACCUCAGCUAUGGAACUUAGUACCAUUGCUGCUCUUUUGCCAGUGCAUGACAACCACUGAUAUCUGCUGCACUUUUGUUUGUUUGUGUGUCUGGUAACUGAUAAUUUUUCUGUUUCUUGGGAAAUAGAAAGCAUAAAGGUAAAUCAGAAAGUUCUGGUUUGCUUUUGUUCAAAUAUAUAUGUAUAUGCAAGCUAUGUGUUCUUCAGAAGAGUUCAAGAGUGGAAGGAACAUUACAGUAUUAGUUUAUUAUUAGCAAUAAUAAAAAAAAAUUAAAAAAAUCUUAAAACCAAUCCUUCACUGUCAGUUUGAGAAGAUAGUGUUUUACAUACUCUGCAUGAUACAAAUCGAUUGUUGGGGUCAGUAGACAAGAGAAGGCACCUCAUCAAAAUUAUCCUGAAGAGAUGUGUCUUUUUUGCAGAGUUUGUGAUUCUCAGCUUUUUGUCUGAGGAGGGGUAUGAUUGUACGUAAUGUAAGAAUCAGCUGAAUCAAAUAUGUUUCUUUUCUCAUUCACAGUCUGAAUUACCAAGAUACUUAGGUAGUGUGUGUUUGAGCCUUUCCACCUGCAGAUAUAUAAUAACCUUCCCUCUUGUUUUUACCUCAGUCGUGUAAAAGGUUUUUUUGGUGUCUGUGCUGGUUUAUGCAGUUCCCAGCUCUGGCUGCACUCUCCCCGUGCUACCCCUUCAGCUGGCUGGUGUAGCUGGUUGCAGGGGCUCUGGAUGAACUGUCAGAAAACUGACCUGAAUUAAAAUACUCUUUUUUGGAUAGGUUCCUUUGUAAAUUGGGUGAGUUGUUUUGUCUGGUUCCUGUGUAGUUUCACAACUGUAACUGAGCGACUGGAAGGAAGGUACCAGAGUAAGAGUGAGGGAGAGGAGAUAGGAUCUACUUAAACCAUUGCUUCUGCCGAAGGAAUUGAACAUGGCACAUGGCCAUGGAGGCUAUGAUUCUGAUUUCAGUGAUGAGGAGAGUGGAGAGAAGUCUCUGCAAAAAACUAAAAGAAUAGAGGAGGAUGGCCUUCUGGUAAAGCCGUUCCAAAAAGCAAAGCAAGGCAGUGUGGUUCACAGACAAUUCGCAGCUGAAGAAUGUGAUAGGGAAGAAGCAAGAAAAAGAAGAUUUCACUUGAUAUCAAUGAGUGCUUAUGAAAGACAUAAAAAGUUAGUGCAUGACUACAUUUUAUACUAUGGUGGCAAAAUAGAGGACUUCCGACGAACUGGAGCAAAUGACAAGACGGAUCUUGAUGUUAUUAGAGAAAACCACAGAUUCCUGUGGAAUGAAGAAGACGAAGCAGACAUGAAUUGGGAGAAGAGGCUUGCAAAGAAGUAUUAUGAUAAACUGUUCAAAGAAUACUGCAUAGCAGAUCUCAGCAGAUACAAAGAGAAUAAGUUUGGAUUUAGAUGGCGACAUGAGAAAGAAGUAAUUUCAGGAAAAGGUCAGUUUUCCUGUGGAAAUAAGCACUGUGAUGAGCAAGAAGGCCUGAAGAGCUGGGAGGUGAAUUUUGGUUACAUUGAGCAUGGUGAAAAGAGGAAUGCACUUGUGAAGUUGCGACUAUGUCCAGAAUGUUCCUACAAACUAAACUUUCAUCACCGGAGGAAAGAAGUCAAAACACACAAGAAAGGAGGCACAGCUGUACAGGACUCUAAAGAGCCAAAAAAUAAGAAGACUAAAUUUUCUCGUUCAACAAAAAAGAAGUCCAAAAAAAAGACCCAUAAAGAUCAGGUUUCUUCAGAAGAUUCAGAUAGUUCUGAUAAAGAUUCUAAUAACAGUGAUGCAGAAGAUGGUCCUUCAGAUGCUGACUUUUGGAAAGGUCCCCUACAAGAUGCAGAUGAAAAAUCACGGGAGGAGGAGUUUGAUGAGUAUUUUCAAGACUUGUUUCUCUAAACCUUGAAAUUGAUAUAGGCUGACUUUCUUCGUGAAUUGUCAAGAUGGAAGUCUGGAAAUCCAGUCAUAAUUUACCGGAGACCUCUUUCUUCCAGCAUACGUUUUCUUCAGUCACUCAUAUGAACAAUUUGGGUAGAUUAUCUUUGUAGAAGGCUUCAAAUCUAAAAACUUUGUCUCUUAUGAUAGGUUGCAUACUCAUGAAACAAGAGAAAUAACUCUUUCAGUGCAAAAGAUAUAUGGCACCCAGACUUAAACAAACAAGAAUAUAUGGUUUAUUAACAUUACAUCAGAAGUUCACUGCUUUUUAUUUUAUCCCAAACUUCAGGUAUUGUCAGAUUUUUAUGAAGGAGCAUUUGUAAGUUUCUGUGAGUAGUUUAAAGCCAUACACUUUAAUAUAUUUGUAUUUUUAAUUUAUUUAACAAGAGGUAAUAGCCUUAAAUUUAUUGGCCAUGUAGACUUUAAUAUUCAGGUAUUAGUCUCUGUAAGUAUUUUUAAGUGUUAUUGGAGAAGUUCAAGUUUUAUCAAAUAUGUACUCUGCUUGAAUUAAGUAAAUUGUGAAAUGUCUCCCAUAGUCCUUUAAAAAGUUCAGUUUAUUGUGACUUUGUUUUAAAUUUUAGCUAGAAUGCGAUGUGUCUUAUAAUUCCAUUUAUAAAAAUUUGGUUGGUAUUUUUGGUGUAAAACAUACAUGUGUGGCUUUCUACCGGAGAUGUACAUGUGACUUUUAUGUUAUCUGUGGCUUCUGAUCUCCUUUCCAUUAACUGAAUGUUAAUCCUUCUUUAAAGUGUAAUCCUAAAUAUACAAGUAAAGCAUGUAUAUUGCUUGAGAAACGUACUGGAUUUGUAUUCCUCUUCAAGGUGCAACAUAUCUUUAAAGAUUCAUUCAGUUAUGUUUCACAAGAAACAGUCUGCACAUGAACAAGUACAGUGGGUGUUUUUUUCUGUCAGGUGCAAAUUACUUUGGAUACGAAGAACAAACUUUUUUAAAUUAAAUUUUCAUGUUAUUCUGAGGAAAGUUACUAUUGUAUAAAAUAUAUCUUUUGAUAAGUACUUUUCACUGUAGAUAUAUGUAUACAAACUAUUUAUAGUAUUUGAUGUGGAAAAAGGAACAGCAGAGAUGGUUGCAGUGUAUUUAUGAACAUUUAACAUGCACUCAUGUGAAUAAGUUGAGAACUCUAUUUACAAGUAUUACUUAACAAAAUUACAUUUUGAACAGUUUGUACUUACAUAAUAGAUGACAGUACAAGGACAUAUUUAGGGUGUCCUUGAGUAAGAAAUAAAUGUAACCUUGCAUGAAGGCUUCUUUAGGUAAGAAGGUGGAUUUAAAGGUUAAUUCUCUGUCAUCUUGCAAGCUUGGUUGAGAGUCAAAUCCAAUCUGCAGCAAUCUGCUUACACGUGUGCAACUUGCCCAAAGGGGCUUUUGUCGAAUGCGUUGCUAUAUUUGUUGCUUCAAGUAUUGUAUAUUAAGUAUGUGUUCUGGAUAACUAACUCCUCUUUGGGUCUUUAAAAUACAUUUAUAAAAAUUUACAGUAUACAUAGUAAAUACAUAAUUUAAUACAGUUUGAAUAAAAUUACAUUAUCAAACAACCUUGAAAUAGUUUUCUUUAGUAGCUGCAUUUAAUACAGAAAAUAACACAUGAUAUACCCAGUUUUAUGUCAUAACUGUUUGCAUAAAAUAUUUGGCUCAUUUAUAAGUCAGGAUGUUUUAAGUGUUUGGGUUUUUUUUGUGGAUUCCUUUAAUUUUGAGUGAUAAUUGUACACAGUAUCUCUGUUCAUAGAGCGUUCUUAGAAAGGUGUAUAUAGAGCAAUUCACUGAUUCUCCCUUCUCUGUGAAUACUGAGGGCCCUUCAGAGGGGAAAAAAAGUGUGGGUCUUCUUUGUUUAAAGGGGGAGGAAAAGUGGCAGGAUUGAGUCUGCAUGUUGAAUUUACUUAUUGCAGGAACUGCGUUUGACAUCCAUCUCCUUGGAUUUGGAACUGGUUCCAGUGAAUACUCAGAUCUGUGCAUAAUAUACCAGCCAUUUCCCCUCCUCCCUCUGCAGGAGGAGCUGGCUUUGCAAGACCUGAGUAGAAUGAAUGGAGUGGACUGUCAUUGUUCAAGAACAGGUUUUGGUAGCUCUUCAUUGUUCAUGAGGAGCUAAUUUGUGUGCAGUCUGUCUCUGGUAUUAGAGAGAGAGGUAAUGUGAAUUCUAAUGUGCUCUACCUCUUUUCCUUUCCCUUCUCAUUAUUAAAUUGUUGCCAACUAAUUGGUUUUGAAAUACUUUAAUUUAUUGCAUUUUCAAAAGGGUACAUUGGGAGUAUGUGAGCCUUUUAAAAUGCUUUUGAAUGUAGAUCCUACUGUGGAUAUGCUGGUAUCUUAGCAAACUCUCUUGGCAAUUUUGAAAAAACACAGUGUACCAUG